AUGGAUCUUUUUGAUCUCGCUGCAGAUGAAAUUCCGGCCACACUUUACAGAGUUCAGUAUGCAGAAUCUGUGACGACUAAUGAUUCUGAUGGGGGCCUCGAGGCGCAAGACGCCCAAACGAUCUACAACGAGGCGGAUGAUCUUGAUCACUUUCUGGACGCGAUAGAGCGACAUCUGAAUUGGUUACACGAAGAUAGCAUUUUCAUAUCGCUCUUUGGCGACAAAAACGAUGCCGAAGACUGGAUGCUCGAAAGGAGCUCGCGGUUCGUAAGCACGGAUUGUGCCCUCCUCGAGAUUGACAUGACAGAGCUUCUGGGGUUCUAUGUUUUCCGCGCUCAAGAAAUCGUCGACAUGUUUUCGCUAGCAAUCCCCCAUCAAACGCGGCGUACUAUCGCUGGGGAGUAUCUUGUGGUUCAUUACAUACCUCCUGCUUCCAUUGUGAGCUCUCGGACUGUGUCAGAUAUUGAAAAUAGUAAGUGCCUGUUAGUUGGUUGA